CUACUCAGGGUGGCUCUGUGCUUCUUCAACCACAAGCAAAUGUUCAAUGAAAACAACUGAUUUACCUUUCAGUGAAAGACUUAUGGUGGGCUUUGCUUAUGAUGGUGUCUGGAAAUACAAAAAGGGAAUGAAUGUACAAUUACUUCUCGAAUCUCUCACUACUGCUAUUUUUACAGUGAUACAUGCUCCUGUAUUUAUCACUGUAUUCAUUGUAGGGUUGUUUUUUUUUAUACAACUCCAAUGAAAAGCCCCACUUGGAACAUCAAACUGUGACAAGGCACUCAUUUUAAUGGUAUGUCUGACUUACCACAUUGCUUUUUUUAGGGCAUAGAGCUGAUUUAAAAGUGGUUCUACAAAACCACCCAAUUAAAACAUUGCAUCAACUACACGAUUCAAUUAGUUGCGCAUUACAGAACAAUUAAGUUCAUAAAUGACUAAUUGACGUACUUCGGGGCCAAAGUGUAGCUACUCUGAGCUUAUAUUAGACUGCACACCAUGAACUGCUGUAUUUGCCCCCUGACUCACAACCACUGUUGAAUAUCGACAAGCAUAACCACGGAGAAAGUGGGCCGAAGUAUGAAAAAUGUCCUGGUUGUGUCCUUUGGAUUCUUGCUGUUGUUUACUGCGACUGGAAGCCUUCUGAAUCUACAGAGCAGUUUGAACACUGAAGAAGGAGUAGGUGUGGCCUCAGCAAGUGUGCAGUUUGCCUCCAUCAUUCUGUCCUCCAUGUUUGUUGCCCCCUUGGUUAUAAAAUACCUGGGCUGCAAGUGGACCAUUGUUGCUGCGAUGGGAUGCAAUGUUGUGUACACAGUUGGAAACUUCUAUCCAGGAUGGGAAACCCUGCUCCCUACUUCAAUAAUCCUUGGAUUUGGGGAAUCUCCUUUAUGGUCAGCUACAAGCACCUAUCUUACCAUAAAUGGUAGAAAACAAGCGGAGAAGGACAACAAGAAGACCCAAGAUGUGAUAAACCAGUACUUCGGGAUCUUGUUUCUGCUGUACCAGUCUUCAGCAGUCUGGGGAAAUCUAAUGUCCUCCAUUGUCUUCGGGCAAGACUCAACCUCAGUCAACAUCAGUGAGAGUGAUCUACAGUUCUGUGGAGUGGGUAGCUGUGGCAACAUCAGCGAGGCCCCAAGCAAUUCCACCAGACCACCGGAGAGAUUAGUGCACACUCUGAUGGGCUGCUAUGUUGGAGUAGGUGUGCUGGCCAUGCUCUUAGUGGCUGUGUUUCUGGAUAACAUUGACCGAGAUAUGACACUGGAGUUUAGAAGCAACAAGGAGCCAUUCUGCAGCACUUUCUUGGCCACGUUUAAACAGCUAAACGAUAGGCGUCAGGUGUUUUUGAUCCCAGUCACUGCCUACAUUGGUCUGGAGUUGGGUUUUCUCAAUGGGGAGUACACCAAGGAAUAUGUGACCUGCGCUUUGGGACUACAUUUUGUUGGAUAUGUAAUGAUUUGCUUUGGUGCCACAAGUUCCCUGUUUUCCUACGCGUUUGGGCGUCUGUCACAAUAUUCUGGACGGGUAGCUCUUUUCGCUUUGGGUAAGACUCAAGCCAUAUAUUUUAGUGAGAGCUCUCUCGAACAAUAUCAAUACUAUAAGACUCAUCAUUGGCCAUAUAAAUACUGUAAUUUUCCUCUGGCAGCCACAACCACCCAGUUUACCUGUAUCCUGGGUCUGUUGUUCUGGAGGCCUCACCCAGACCAGCUGCCAGUGUUCUUUGUGUUUCCUGCCCUCUGGGGCCUGGCAGACGCUGUGUGGCAGACACAAACCAAUGCACUCUAUGGUGUUCUCUUCCAUGGUCAGAAGGAGGCAGCAUUUGCCAACUAUCGCCUAUGGGAGGCAGUGGGAUAUGUAAUAGCAUUUGCUUGUAGCCGUUUUCUCUGUGUGAAUACCAAGCUAUACAUCCUUAUGGGAGUUCUUCUGCUCUCAGUGACACUUUGUUUUUCAGUGGAAUAUGGUGAAUACAUUAGCCCUACACCAAGUGAGGACAACACUAUCGAUACGAAACUGGAGAUAAAGAGCACAGAACUCAAUGAGGAUAAUGAUACAGAAUGUGAUAAAGUGUUGUAAACAUUGUCAAAUGUACUUAGCCACACUAUGGCAAUCAGCAUGUGUGAGA